CAAAUAAUGCGUUUUGUUUUCACUUCUCAUUUCCCGGAAAAUGCAGUUAUUUUACAGUACUCACCAACAACUCGAACGCGGUCGACUGUAGCACUACCGUAACCUGGGAUAAUAGCAGCACACGAAGUGAAUAUGGUAAAAACGAUGAAGCCCAAACUGUUGCUGCUAAAAUACAGCAUAAUUCAGUGCGGCAGAAAACACUGCUAUGGCCAGGUGGUCGAAUACCGUAUACGAUUUCACCGUCUUACAGUGAAUCCAGUCGAUCAAUUAUCCAAGAAGCGUUUGAGGAAUAUAUGCGCCAGACAUGCAUUCGUGGCAGACAAGCAGUUAGUUUGGGCGACGGCUGUUUAAGAAAAGGCAUUGCAAUACAUGAAUUAAUGCAUGUUCUCGGAUUCUUUCAUGAACAAAGUCGUGCAGAUCGUGAUUCUUACGUUGAUAUUCACUGGGAAAACGUGGAUCCGACACUCGUUGAUCAAUUUGAUAAGUACUCGACGACAAUAAUUGAUGAAUUAGGUGCACCAUAUGAUUAUGCUUCUGUAAUGCAUUAUGCGCCAACAGCAUUCUCCAAAAAUGGGCAACCAACAAUCACUCCGAAAGCGGGAAACAAAGGACCUUCGCCGGAAGCAGCGGAACCAUUUUCUACCAAAAUAUGCUCUACUGUAGCAAUAUCAACAACAACAGCAGCAAAAGUAGCGAAAACAACAGCAGCUGCUCCUUCAGUAAGCUCUAUUCCAGUCAUAUCACCAGCAACAACACCAUCAGCUGCUCCUUCAAUAACUUCUACUGCAGCUGCAUCUUCAAAAACACUGGAACCAUUUUCUUUCAUAACAAGCAGCGCUGCAGCAGUAGUACCAUCAACAGUACCAGUUUCUUCCUCAGUAAGCCCUACCCGACCAGGGCCAGCAACAACAACAACAACAGAGACAGCAACAACGGCGCCUAUUUCCGUGAAAACAGACUUUAAUGCAACAGUAUCAACAACAAGCCCAGUAAAUGUAGCAGUAUCAGUUGCUCCUCCAAUAAGCUCUUCUCUAGCUCCAGCAGUAACAACAACGCCAUCAGUUUCUUCUACAAGUUCUACUGCAGCAGCAGUGACAGCAACAGCAUCGGCACCACAUACCUCUAAAAUAAAUUCUACAGUAGCAGCACCAACAGCAACAGCAAGAACGGAAUUAGCUUCUUCUCCAGCAAGCUCUACAGCAGCAACAACAACAGCAGUACCAACAACGACAUCAGCUAGCGCUGCAUCAGUUUCAUCUCCAAUAAGCACUGCAGCAACAAUGGCAACAAUAACAACAACCACGGCACCAUCUUCUAAAAGAAGUUCAGCAGAUCCGGUGACUCUGAUCGCUACAAGCACGCAAGCAUCAACAAAAGCUGGUUCUGGAUCUGCAGUAGAAUUGAACUCACUGACCUCACCGGUACUGUCGUCAGUUGCCGUGACUGAUUUGAGCGAUUUGCUAAAUUUACUUGCAACAUCGUCGUCGUCGUCUACUGCUGCCUUCGAAGAAACUAGAGCCACACCAGAAGCUUCUGCUAUCACACCCGUUGCAGGUUUGUUUUAGAA